GCUAACAGCCUGAUCAUUACAGUGCCCAUCUAACGUACGGCUAAUAUUGAAGCAUUGUUUCUAUAUAUUAGUACAAAGCUAAAGGAAGCUAUCACAACUCCCUUGAAAUUUGAAUCCAUCUAAGAGCUUUAUUUGGUAAAAAUGGGUUCAGUUGAUCAAGCCAGUAAACCCCAUGCAGUUUGCAUCCCAUUCCCAGCACAAGGGCAUGUGACCCCCAUGAUGCAAUUAGCCAAGCUCCUACACUCGAGGGGCUUUCACAUAACCUUUGUCAACACCGAGUUCAACCACAUGCGACUAGUCCGGUCCAAAGGACCCGACCACAUGAAGGGCUUACCGGAUUUUCGGUUUGAAACUAUACCCGAUGGGUUGCCACCGUCCGACCAGGAUGCAACCCAGGAUGUACCAGCCCUAUGUGAUUCCACAAGAAAGAAUUGUUUGGCCCCAUUUAAAGAGCUUGUGCUUAAGCUUAACUCCUCGUCUGAAGUGCCUCCAAUCACUUGCAUAAUUUCCGAUGGGAUUACGGGUUUUGGUCGUAAAGCUGGAAAAGAGUUAGGCAUCCCGGAGGUUCAAUUUUGGACUGCUUCAGCUUGUGGGUUAAUGGGAUAUCUGAACUUCAGCGAACUCAUCAAAAGAGGCAUUAUUCCCUUCAAAGACGAAAGCUUCAAAGAUGACGGCACACUUGACACACCAAUCAACUGGAUUCCUUGCAUGAAAAACAUCCGGCUCAAGGACUUCCCUAGCUUCAUUAGAAUCACUGAUACUAAUGAAAUCAUGUUCGAUUUUCUAAGAUCAGAAGCACGAAAUUGCUUGGAUUCUUCUGCGAUCAUCUUCAACACAUUUGAUGACUUUGAACAUGAAGUACUAGAAGCAAUUUCAGCCAUGUUCCCUCGAAUUUACAAUAUAGGUCCACUUCCCUUACUAGGCCGGCAUGUGCUAGAUAACCAACUCAAAUCCUUAAGUUCAAGCUUAUGGAAAGAAGACUCCGAAUGUCUCCAAUGGCUUGAUAAAAGGGAACCUAAAUCUAUUGUGUACGUAAAUUAUGGUAGCGUUACAGUGAUGACCGAACACCAUUUGAAAGAGUUUGCAUGGGGACUUGCAAAUAGCAAGCACCCAUUUUUGUGGAUAGUUAGGCCGGACGUGAUAAUAGGAGAUUCAGCAAUUUUGCCUGAAGAUUUUUUGGAGGAAACUAGGGAUAGAGGAUUGCUAGUAAGUUGGUGCCCCCAAGAGCAAGUGUUGUCACACCCAUCAAUAGGGGUUUUCCUAACACAUUGUGGAUGGAACUCUACAUUAGAAAGCAUAUGCGGUGGUGUGCCUGUUAUUUGUUGGCCAUUUUUCGCUGAGCAACAAACUAAUUGUCGGUACGCUUGUACCACCUGGGGAAUUGGCAUGGAGGUCGACCAUGAUGUAAAACAUGAUGAGAUUGAAGCACUUGUUAAAGAAGUGAUGGAAGGGGAUAAGGGGAAGGCGAUGAGGCAAAAGACACUAGAAUGGAAGCUGAAAGCAGUGAAAUCUACUGAUAUUGGAGGUUCAUCUUACCAAAGUUUUGAAAGGUUAAUUAAGGAGGCUCUCUAAUGCAGAAUACCUAUUGGAGUACAGAGCUCUUAAUUAUCUACAGCCAUAUUAUCUUUCCUAUCUUUUAUUUUUCAAGUGAGGGUCGUACAAGCCUAGAGUCCGAGGUGCAUGAAAUUAAAAUGAGGCUUCUUGUCAGCCUCAAACAAAUUAAAAGUUAAAAGUUGUAAAUGUAUCAUAUCUUUUUUCAUAGUCAUACUAAUUCUAGACUUGUAUUGAUUUAUCUUAUCCAUUAAUUAUGUUAUCCUGUAGGUACUAGUUAAUUUUCUUUUAUCCUAAUUCCACUAGAAUAAUAGAUAGCAGCAUAUAUAAAGCUUUGUACCCACUUAACAAAAUCAAUGAAUAAAUGAUGAAGUACUUAUUUUUUUA